AUGUGUUUUCUUUGUUUUGGUUCCUAUUUUUGCUAUGAUACACCCGGUGCUUUAGCUGAUAACUUCAAAAGUGAUUCACGUUUAAACACAUCCCAAUUUGCUUUAUUAUAUUCUAUUUACUCAUGGCCAAAUGUUAUAUUAUGUUUCAUUGGAGGAUAUUUGAUUGAUAGAUACUUUGGAAUAAGAUUAGGAACCAUCAUAUAUAUGGUAAUUGUUACAAUUGGAGCAAUUAUAUUUGCUACAGGAGUUUAUGUCAAUGCAUAUUGGCUCAUGAUUCUAGGAAGAUUUAUAUUUGGAAUUGGAGGAGAGUCAUUGCAAGUGGCAGUUAACAGCUAUGUAGUUUUAUGGUUUAAAGGAAAGGAACUAAACAUGGUAUUUGGUCUUCAGUUAUCUUUCUCCAGAUUUGGAAGUACUGUAAACUUUUGGGUAAUGGAACCAAUUUACAGAUGGGUUGCAAAUUAUUACAGCGGUUAUGAACGCCUCGGAGUCACUUUGUUUAUUGCAUCAUUUACUUGUGUGGGAUCUCUUAUAUGUGGCCUUUUACUUGGAUGGAUGGAUCACAGAGCUGAGAAAAUCUUAGGAAGGCAUGAGGAACAGACUAAUGAAGAACCAUUUAAACUUUUGGACAUUGUGCAUUUCAAACCAGUGUUUUGGCUACUCUCUGUGAUAUGUGUUGCAUACUAUUUGGCUAUAUUUCCAUUCAUUGCAUUAGGAAAACUAUUCUUCGAGCGUAAAUUUGAUUUCUUACCGCAAGAUGCCAACACGGUGAAUUCAAUGGUAUAUUUACUGUCAGCAGCACUAAGUCCGUUUUUUGGUAUCCUCAUAGACAAAACGGGUCGUAACGUUAUGUGGGUGAUAAUAAGCACAGUUACCACUAUAAGUGCUCACUUUUUAUUGGCAUUUACAUUUUUCAAUCCAUAUUUAGGAGUGAUAACUCUGGGCAUUUCAUAUUCUUUGCUAGCAAGCGGAUUAUGGCCCCUAGUUGCAUUAAUAGUCGCCGAAAACCAGUUGGGUACCGCAUAUGGAAUAUGUCAGGCUGUCCAAAACUUGGGUCUAGCUACUGUUCUAAUAUUGGCUGGAGUAAUUGUUGACCAUUACGGAUAUUUGAUGCUGGAAAUGUUUUUCUUGGGAUGCCUAUUCAUAUCACUCAUUGCUGCAGUUCUCAUAUAUAUUGUGGAUUCAACUGAUGAUGGUUUACUUAACAUGUCUCCAAGUGAACGAGAUUCUUUGACGAAAAAGUCUGAAAACAAUGACGAAACUGCUAACCUGUUAGAUCAUGAAGAUAGUUCUGACCAAGAUAUUAUAGACUCAAGAGCCCAAACAAGUACAAUCCAAGAUGAUCCUCAACAACAACGUGAUCUCGCACAAUCCCAGUCUGACAGGAUACGCAGUAGAUAUAUAACACAACUUUUGCCUAAUACUAACAUUCCAGAACGACAA